AUGUCUGGCAAAAACGACGAGCAGCCGCCCCCUUACGGAGGUGCUCCCAACCCUCCCAAAGCCACAUACCCGGGUGGCGGCCCGUCGCAAUCGCCGUACCAGCAAAAUGAUCCGUAUGGUGCUUCCCAGCAGCAGCAACAGCAGCCAUACUACCAGCCUGGUCCUCAGAUGGGAUACCACCAGCAACAGCAGGGGCAGUACGGCCAGCAGCAGUACGGUCAGCAGCAAUAUGGACAGCAGCAGUACGGUCCUCCGCAAGGACAAUAUCAGCAGGGACCGUACCAGCAAGGCCCUUAUUAUCAGCAGCAGGGUUACCCGCAAGGCAACUACGGCAACAACAACAACAACAACGACAGAGGCAUGGGCGGCGCCGCGACCGGCAUCCUCGGUGGUCUGGCUGCCGCUUGUGCCUGCUGUUGCUGCAUGGAUAUGCUAUUCUAA